UUCCAUUUCCUGGUGCAGCUGGUACAAAUCAGAAAAACUUCCCUAUUGUUGGUCUUCUGUGAAGUGUACUCCAUCACAGCAACUAUGUCUUUUGUUGACACUUUGCGCCAGUGGGACAUGGCUGUAACUUGUGUUGACAGACAGGAUUUGUCAGAGGCACUCAAGAUUUUCCUGUCAAUCCAAGAACCAAACUCCAAAAUUAGUUUUGACAUUGGCUGUCUCCAUCUUCUUAACAAUGACCUGGAUGCUGCUGAAAAGGCUUUCGAUUGCAGCAUUCGCAAAGAUGAACAUUUGGCUGUUGCCUUCUUUCAAAGAGGAAUGACGUUUUACAAAAAGAAGAGGUAUGAGGAGAGUUUAGCUGAUUUCGCGCAAGCCUUCAAAGCACUAAGAGGCAACCAGCUGAUAGACUACAAAGCGCUUGGUCUUAGAUACAAAUUAUAUGCAUGUGAAGUCCUUAUCAAUAUGGCUCUGUCUGAGGCCCAGCUGGGUAACUGGAAAAAAACCCAUGAAAACCUUGUGAAGGCUCUCAAUUACAAGACAGACGCCAAGCUCAAUAUCAUCGACAAAGCUCUGGAUUCCGCCUUGAAACAGAAACUUUUCAAACCAGUCGAGUUCCCAUCUAAAGUGCUUUUCAAACCAAAUAAGCACUAUGUUGCUGAGCUGGAGAAGAAGGACUAUCUCGGAAAAGCAAAGGUGGUUGCCUCCGUUGUUCCUCAGGAUGCCUUCUCUGGAUUUGCCCCAUUACAGCCACAGGUACAAGAUGGUCCAACUAAUCCAAAGGAACCUGAGGUUCUAAGGGCUUUAGAAGGAGAGGCCCACACUGUCCUGUUUCAGUUUGAUCCUGAGACAAGUGAUGAGUUGUCUGUCGUGCCAGGCAAUGUUGUGUUUGUGCUCCAGAAGGGAGCCGAUAACUGGGCAUCUGUGAUCUUCAAUGGAAGAAGGGGACUUGUUCCUUAUAAUUACCUGGAGCGUUUGGAGAUGACCUUGGCUUCCAAACAGAACGAGGGAAUACCUAAGCCUCCGAGUCAGGAACCACCGACCAGACCUAAAAGAAAACCAGGUCUAACUCCCAGGAGCAACAGCAGCGGAGACUCAGAGAGAAAGGACAAACAGCCUCCUGACAAUACACUUAUUGUCAAAGUCUGUUUCACAUUCACCUUUGCUGUCUCAGUACCACCUGGAUCUCCUUAUGCAAUACUGAUGGAGAAAAUCAGUAAGAAACUGAAUCUCCCCAUGACUGCAUUCACUUUGAGUCUAUCCCCUGAAGCUACGGAACAAAGUGUAAUCAAUGAUAGCACAGACAUGGAAAGUGUGUGGACUCGUGCCAGUGGUGUGCACAUCACUUUGUGGUGUUACACAAAAGAGCAAACCAAACCAAACACCGAGGUUCCCAUGGUGGCCCUUUACUCGUAUGAGUCAUCAAAUCCAGAGGAUCUAAAGUUUCAUCAAGGCGAUAGAAUCACAAUAAUCUCUAAAGUUAACCAGGAUUGGCUUGAAGGGCAAUGCAACGGAGAUACUGGUAUAUUUCCUGCAUCCUUUGUGGAAGAAGUUCCUGACAAUGGGCAGUAAUUUAAAUGAUUAAAAGCAAUAGCUAUGCCUCUCCUGCCCUCUACUGCCUUCACCACAGGUGUCGCUCCCAAAUUCUGCUCCAAGCCACGCCAGCUGCGUUCUGCCAGAAAAGACGCUGAAAAGAGAAAGCACAAAUAUGUAACAUAAUAUAUGAUAUAUAAAAGUAUGUUUUGUUUAAGACUGUAAGGAAAACACUGUAUGAGUGCAAAGUCUACAAUAAAGUCAUUAAUGUAUAGAAAUGAAAGCAAGCAAGAAUCUUUUGAUCAUCUUAUACCAGCUGAGUUGGUGUUGGCCAUGGUGAGCAUCUGGUUCCUGAGGACCACGGAAGAGCCGAAUGAGGGAACUUCAGGCACACUGCUCAUCAGAUUCUGACUUCUCAGAGCUCCAGUGAUUAAAGACAUGUCAGUCUCAUCGCCCUCCUCCUGCUGAUCAGCCAAAGGCACGUAACUCUGUCCACCUGGUGUAUAUAUAUAUAUAUACAUGAGUUUCAGUAUAGUUACAUACAUACAGUCUGUAAAGACAUAACAAUUAUUGAGGAGUAGGUUUAUCCGAUGUGAAUAAAACACGAUCUAACCUGGCAGGAGAUGUCGAAAGUCUGUGACAUACUCCUCGGACCACUCCCUCUUCUUGUUGCAGGCUACCUCCAUCUCAAAUGGUGUUACCACAGGCUUAUAGAACUCACUUGAGUCCAGCAGUGAGUUCUCAGGACACGAAAUUAACACGAAAAUGUCAAUUUCAAGAAAGUUUGCGAGUUUGGGCACGUUCAGUUUCCCCAUGGCAAACAAAUAGCUCUUCUUGCCAGCUCCUUGAAUAGUUUCCUUCAACUGCUGGAUGAUUUUGAGGUAGUCAGAUACUCCUAAUGUGCCAACUAGGAUGCCAACCACAUUGGCAUCUUUGGCCCUUUCGAUAGCGUAAUAACGCUUCAUCAGGGCACGGUUGAUACUUACUGACUCUGUCCUCCCCGUCAUUUUUAUGGGGUCAAAAGAACAAAAUGAGCAGCGAUUCCAUGUCAUCAUGAAGUUUGUCAGAGUUGCUCCUUCUUGGCCUACAUAGAACAUACUGUAAUCCGUGAUGCUUGAACCACUUGUCAGGGAGAACUGCCUUCCAAACUGAUUAAUAAGCUGGUUGUUGUCUUCCUCUGAAAGACACGUGUCAUCAUGUUGUCUUUUUAUCCGACCAUGACUGUAACACUGCUCCCCUUCCACAACAAGUUCUGAGACGACAAGGUUCGGAUACUCUGGUGAAAGGAGUGCCAUAAGGUCAUCUGAAAAAAUAAAAAUAAGGUUGUGUGAAAAAUGCUAAAUUAUAAAGCUGUUCUAUUUUCAUGAGAAAUAGACAAUGAUUUAAAAGAUAACAGGGAGAAAAUGUGAAAAUCUACCUAAUAAAAUGGCAUAAAUAUGUAUUA